AUGGAUGGUGAUUUAAAGAAUUAUCUUCGUAAAAACAGAGACCUCGGUGUGUGUAUGGCUACCGUAUUUUCGCUAACACAUGCCUUGAAACUCGCAAUUAAUGUAUGUCGAGCCUGUGUAUAUCUGGAGGCAAUCAAAUUUAUUCACAGGGACAUUGCUGCAAGGAACUGCUUAAUUUUAAACAGAGAAGGUCAGGUGGUGGUUAAGAUAGCCGAUUUUGGGAUGGCAAGGGAUGUCACGAUGACGCAAUAUUAUGUUAAGGAGGGGACUUGCAAAGUUCCAGUGCGUUGGAUGUCGCCAGAGUCAAUGCUGAAUGGACGUUUUAGUUCAAAAACAGAUAUAUGGGCUUUCGGGGUGCUUAUGUGGGAGAUCUACACCGGAGCUCGGUUGCCUUACGGUGAUUUUACGAUAGACGCUGUCAUGAGUCACAUCAUUCAGGGAGGAAAACUGGAUAAACCUGCGAAAUGUUCACAUGAUGUAUGGCAGAUCAUGCAGAUGUGUUGGUUGGACUGUGCGGAUGAGAGGCCUCCGUUCAGAGACCUAGAGAAAUCACUACAAACGUGUCUAACUACUGGCGAUCAACAGGAAAGUGAAGGGAAUACAGAAGACACUAUCUUAUUGUGAAAAUGACGUGGAAACUCUCUCUCUUUCUUA